GCCGCCCCGCCGGCUUCCUUUCCCUCACAUGACAGCUGCCUGGCUGCGCCAUGGCGGAAGCCGGGGAGAAGGAAACCAGGUCUUAUGAGGAAUCAACAGAUGAAUCUGAGGAAGAUGAGAGUGAAGAAGAACCUAAGCUCAAGUAUGAGCGGCUUUCUAAUGGAGUGACUGAAAUUCUCCAGAAGGAUGCAGCCAGCUGCAUGACAGUGCAUGAAAAGUUUUUGGCACUGGGGACACAUUAUGGCAAAGUUUAUUUACUUGAUGUCCAGGGGAACAUCACACAGAAGUUUGAUGUUAGCCCAGUGAAGAUAAAUCAGAUCAGCCUGGAUGAAAGUGGAGAACACAUGGGUGUUUGCUCAGAAGAUGGGAAGGUUCAAGUGUUUGGAUUAUAUUCAGCAGAAGAGUUUCAUGAAACUUUUGACUGUCCUAUUAAAAUUGUUGCUGUUCAUCCUCAAUUUGUAAGAUCCCACUUCAAACAAUUUGUAACAGGAGGAAAAAAGUUGCUGUUAUAUGAAAGAGGUUGGAUGAAUAGAUGGAAGCCUUCGGUUUUACAUGAAGGGGAAGGAAAUAUAAGAAAUAUAAAAUGGAGAGGGCACUUAAUUGCUUGGGCUAAUAAUAUGGGCGUGAAGAUACUUGACAUGAUCUCCAAGCAAAGAAUUACCAAUGUGCCUCGAGAUGACAUAAGCCUUCGCCCAGAUAUGUAUCCCUGCAGCCUUUGCUGGAAGGAUAAUUUAACGCUGAUUAUUGGCUGGGGAAAUUCAGUAAAGAUUUGCUCAGUAAAAGAACGGCAUGCCAGUGAAAUGCGUGACCUGCCAAACCGCUAUGUGGAAAUAGUUUUCCAAUUUGACACCGAAUUCUACGUCAGUGGACUUGCACCUCUCUGUGACCAGCUUGUUAUACUUUCAUAUGUAAAGGAGAUCUCCGAAAAAACGGAAGUGGAGUGUUGUGCAAGGCCUAGACUCGAUAUUGUACAGCCCCUGCCUGAGUCCUGUGAAGAGAUCUCUUCAGAUGCACUGACAGUACGAGGAUUUCAGGAAAAUGAAUGUCGUGAUUAUCAUUUAGAGUAUUCGGAAGGUGAAUCACUUUUUUAUAUCAUCAGCCCAAGAGAUGUGGUUGUGGCCAAAGAGCGGGACCAAGAUGAUCACAUUGACUGGCUUCUCGAAAAGAAGAAAUACGAAGAAGCUUUGAUGGCGGCUGAGAUCAGUCAGAAAACCAUAAAAAAGCACAAGAUUUUGGACAUUGGCUUAGCCUAUAUAAAUCACCUGAUGGAGAAAGGAGAGUAUGACCUGGCUGCUCGAAAGUGCCAGAAGAUCCUUGGCAAAAACACAGAACUCUGGGAAUUUGAAGUUUACAAGUUUAAAGAAAUAGGUCAGCUUAAAGCAAUUAGUCGUUACUUGCCAAGACGAGAUCCAGUUUUGAAACCUCUGAUUUAUGAAAUGGUCCUGCAUGAAUUUUUGGAAAGUGACUAUGAGGGGUUUGCAACCCUAAUAAAAGAGUGGCCUGGAGAUCUGUACAACAACACAAUCAUAGUUCAAGCUGUAGUGGAUCACCUGAAGAAAGAUCCACAGAACAGGACUUUGCUACGAACACUUGCAGAAUUGUACACUUACGAUCAGCGCUAUGGCAGAGCCCUAGAAAUCUACCUAACUCUGAGGCACAAAGAUGUCUUCCAGUUGAUCCACAAGCACAAUCUCUUCAGUUCUAUCAGAGACAAAAUUGUUCUGCUCAUGGAUUUUGAUUCAGAGAAAGCAGUAGACAUGCUUUUGGAUAAUGAAGAUAAAAUUUCCAUUGACAGAGUUGUUGAAGAAUUAGAAAACAGGCCUGAGUUACAGCAUGUGUAUUUACACAAGCUUUUCAAAAGAGACCACCAUAAAGGCCAACGAUAUCAUGAGAAACAGAUCAAUCUUUAUGCUGAAUAUGAUCGACCAAACUUACUUCCAUUUCUCAGAGACAGCACACACUGCCCACUGGAGAAGGCUCUUGAGAUCUGCCAGCAGAGGAACUUUGUAGAAGAGACAGUCUAUCUUCUGAGCAGAAUGGGUAAUAGCCGCAGUGCCUUGAAGAUGAUAAUGGAAGAAUUGCAAGAUGUAGAUAAAGCUAUUGAAUUUGCCAAGGAACAAGAUGAUGGAGAACUUUGGGAAGAUCUCAUUUUAUAUUCUAUUGACAAACCACCUUUUAUUACUGGUUUGUUGAAUAAUAUUGGAACCCAUGUUGAUCCUAUUCUUUUGAUCCACCGCAUUAAGGAAGGCAUGGAGAUUCCUAAUUUGAGAGACUCACUAGUGAAAAUUCUUCAGGACUACAACUUGCAGAUCUUGCUGCGGGAAGGUUGCAAAAAGAUUCUCGUUGCUGAUUCUCUUUCUUUAUUGAAGAAAAUGCAUCGAACUCAGAUGAAGGGUGUUCUAGUGGAUGAGGAGAACAUCUGUGAAUCGUGUCUGUCUCCAAUACUUCCUUCAGAUGCGUCCAAGUCCUUCAGUGUGGUAGUGUUCCACUGCAGACACAUGUUUCACAGGGAGUGCCUACCUGUAUCUAACACAGUAUCUUCUGUCCAGUUCUGCAAUAUAUGCAGUGCCAAACACAGGGGGCCAGGAAGUGCAGUCCUGGAGAUGAAGAAAUAGCAGUGGCCUAGUUCUCCAUGUCAGUCAGUGACACCAAAUCUGUUAGGACCAUGCAGAGCCACUGUAAUUUUCCAUGUCUGUAUAUAAUUUUGAUUGCAAUUUAAAAGUGGUUCCUGUAGUUUAUCCUGUUUAUUGAAUAUUUUGGGUAAUGGAAAAAUGUGAAAAUCUUUGUCUGCUAAGUCUUUGUUAUGCAAUUCAUAUGUCAUGGAUCCUUUGCUCAGCUUGUUACUUCAUUCUGGAACAGAAAAAAAAAAUAAAAUGGGAAGAAAAACCCACACGAUUUAGAGA